CGACAAGACCAACCACUGAUAGCGGAGACCGACAGCCCACUACUAGACCGAGGAGGAACGACAAAUGCUUCCAAUGCGGGGAGUAUGGACAUAUCGCCAGAUAUUGCGAUAAAAGAUCAGUGGAUAACCAAGAACACCUAAGACGACCAAGGAGUGUUAAACAUUACGAAAUAGAAGGGGAUGACAACUACGAACUCGAAGAAUAUGACAAGGUGUAUAAUACCAACGUAACCCGAAAAGUAGAAAGACCACCCAAGAGGAGAAUAGAACACUCAGACGAUGGUGAACAAAGAGCCAGAAGAAAACCAGACAGGGUACCACCAACGGAAGUAGAGAUCCAUGAAGACGAACCGAUGGACUUAGACUUGGAAGAAAUUCCCAAGCCGCGCAGGAAAAGAGAACCGUCCGUAGUAGAUUCACUGGCGUCAUACAACAUAGCCGACGACGUCCUCGCCUUAAAAUCAAACAUUACGUUGGGACAGCUGCUACAAUACCCAAACCAGCGCAGGAACCUAGCCAAGAUAUUGAGGAGACCGGUACAACAACCUCAAGAAACUAACUAUGUUAC